AUGCCGUCGACUCACAUUCCAGCCGAUACGUGGACGGAGCUGACCAAGGUGACGGGAGAACCCUUUGUCACGUAUGUGCUGUCCUCUCCUCUCCUCGCUUCACCUCGCCUCAUCACUCUUCACCUCGCUUCACCUCGCUUCACCUCGCUUCACCUCGCUACACCGCACUUCACCUCGCUACACCGCACUUCACCUCGCUACACCGCACUUCUCCUCACUUCACCACAACCUCCGCCCCCGCCUCCCCUUAUCGCUCACCUCAUCCACGGCCAACUCUACGUCACCCAUCCGAAUGUCGGCCAGUGCCGUUACAAAAAGGUCGAGCCGGGCAACAAGACGGACGAGAAGGAUCUGAGGCAGCCGGAGGACAGUUUCCGCUUCGUCGGCGCCGGGUCGCUCAACGUUUGGAGCCCCGUCGCGACGGAAAUCAACUGGCGCGUUUGA